GGCAGGUCGCUCAUUAUAUAUGCUCCACAUAUAUAUAGCAUAUAUAUAGAGAGUCAGUCAGAGAGAAUUUGUAUAAAACAGCUGCUAAAACCGCUACAGAUAAUCAAAUGCAGAUACAUAUACCAGCAGCGUAUAGAAGAAUUUUUAUUGUCGCGCUCGCUUUGAAUUGAAAUUUCUUAAAAAACAAAAAACGACAAAAAAAAAAGUGUAUCGCGCCUCCGCCUUUGGCUGUAUAUUUACAGUUAACUUUCGCUUUUUUUCGGUGUGUGCUCGCCUUGCUUUCGCUUUCUCGCAGAAAGAAAUUCUAUUCGCUGCCCACUGCCCACGAUCGCCGCAGCGGCCAGAAAUAGAUGCAAACGCAGUGCCCGACGCGCCAAGAAGCCAACAACUUUUAUCAAUUCCCCAACAAAUUGAAAGCUGCAACAGCCAACGAACACACACACACCCAAAUAAACACACACACGCACGCAUACAUAGACGUAAAUAAGCAUAAAGCUACGUCAUGCCAACGCAGCAACUGAAAUCCCUCGAUGAUGUGGCCACAGUGACAGCGCUGGUGAGCAAGCAUCCGGACAAUAAGCCCAGCAAGGAUGAGCAGGAGGAGGAGGAGGAGGAGGAGCUCGAUAGCGCCGCCGUGGUGGUGCCGCCAGACAGCGGCUGGGCCUGGGUAGUGAUGGUGGCUUCGUUUCUCUGCUGCACAGUCAUCGACGGCAUUGUCUUCUGCUCCGGCAUGUUGCAGGAGUCGCUCAUGAACGAGUUCCAUGUGAGCAAGUUCUAUAUAACCUUCGUCUCAUCGCUGCUCAGUGGCUGUUAUCUGAUGGCCGGACCGUUCGUAAGUGCGCUGGCGAAUCGCUUUGGCUUCCGUCCCGUGACCAUUGCGGGCGCCAUUUUCUCCGCCAUUUGCUUUAUGCUCUCGUACUAUGCGCCCAGCGUGGAGUUUCUGUUCGUCGUCUAUGGCGUGCUGGGCGGCAUUGGCUUCUGCAUGGUCUACAUACCAGCGGUGGUCAUCAUUGGCUUCUACUUUGAAAAGUGGCGUGCUCUGGCCACGGGCGUCGCGCUCUGCGGCUCUGGCGUGGGCACCUUUGUCUUUGCUCCGCUCACGGACAAGCUGCUGGAGAGCUAUGGCUGGCGCAUGACUUUGGCCGUACAGGGCGCUCUGGUCCUGGCCUGCGCCGUGUUCGGCUUGGCCUUCCGCCCCAUCACGCCCAUUACUCUGGGCGUCACCGAAGACGGCACUGUGGAUGAGGAGAAGCUGAAGCUGAAUGGUCAUGGCAACACAGUGGCGCCCACGCCGCAGCUGCAUCAAGCUGCCUUUACCAAGCCGCUGCCCGAGGGUCGCUUCGCCUACUCCAUGCCCAAUUCGGCGCACAACACUUACAUGGGCGCCUCGCAGCGUCAUCAUUACCCAACGGCCGCUGAAAUCUUCAAGGGCAUGAAUCUGGAGCGUCGUCCGUCGGGUCAGGCCAGCAAGGGCACUGAGCUGAAGCAGCUGCGCAAAUCGCAGCCCAGCACACCCAAUGGUGAUCCACAAACGCUGACCUUCAAUCUGCACAAGGAGCUGACCACAGUCGGGGAGAACGAGGAGGAGGCUGAGAACGAUACGCUGUUGGAGACUGAGGCCAAGCCGGUCACCAUUCAGGCACGUCGCCAUACUGUGUCCGGCAGACGCCCACAGGAUCUUGCCAAGCGCGGCGUUGCAGCGGGCGCAACAGAUGCAGCUCAUGCCGCCGGCCAGUCGCACUCCUCCUCGCGUCCCAUGUACAGAGACGAUAUCUUCUUCACCGGCUCGCUGACGCGCAUACCACAGUAUCAGUCGCAAACCUCGCUGGCCUAUCACAUGUCCGUGACGCGUCUGCCCACCAAGCAGGACAUGCUGGAGGAUCGCCAGAAGGGCUGCCGCAUCUGCCCCGAGGCCGUGCGUCGCACUUUGUCUACUAUGCUGGAUACCACGCUGCUCAAGUCGCCCGCGUUUAUGUGCCUGGCCGUCAGUGGCUUCCUCACCAUGAUGGGCUUCUUUGUGCCCUUCUCAUUUCUGAAGGAUCGCGCAGUUGCUGGUGGCAUGACCAAGGCAGCGGCUGUUUCGGUUUUCUCAGGCAUUGGCAUCAUCAAUACGAUUGCUAGGAUUGUGUGCGGCUCGCUCAGCUCGUUCCCCAGCGUCAAGCCGCUGUGGCUUAACAAUGUGGCGCUUACUGCUGGCGGCAUUGCCACCAUUUGCAGCGGCAUUGCCAUCAACGACGCCACCCAAUGGGCCUUUGCUGUCUUCUUUGGCGUUUGCAUAGCCUGCUUCUCGGCGCUGCGCUCACUUAUUGCCGUGGAGCUGAUUGGUCUGGAGAAGCUGACGAAUGCUUUUGGCUUUCUGAUGUUGUUCCAGGGUGUGGCCGCCACCAUUGGCAGUCCCAUUGCAGGCGCUUUAUACACGGCCACCGAGAGCUACAAUGUCGCCUUCUACUUUGCCGGCGGACUCAUUCUGCUGUCCGGCUUCCUCUGCUAUCCGCUCACCUACAUCUCCAACUGGGAGAAGCGACGCAAUGAGAAGAACGAGGCGCUGCCGGCGGCCUAAGCGCCAUGGCAAACAGAAAACACGAAGCACGCAACAACCUUAAUUGUCCAAUCACAAGCUGUCUUCGUUUGCUGAUUGAAGAUCGCUCGCAGUGUUAACCGCAACGAACUGGUAAACAGUAAUUUCAGUUUGUAACUGAUAUGUCUCACCUGCCCUGCCCUGCCCCACCACGCCCCGAUCCCCGCUGCUGCCUUGUAUCCAUGUGCUGUUGUUUGCUCAGGGAGCUGCGGAGCAGCUUUGCGCGAGCUUAUUUUCUUGAUUUAUCUAAUUGUCUAGAUUUAGUGUAUAAGAUUGAUUAAACUUAAGCGUAAUGUUUGUGCCUCGCCCUCACACACACACACACAUGCACAUCACAAGCAUAAAAACUAUACAAUUUUAAUUUAAAUUAAUUUCUAAAAUGAUUUUAAGCAUAGCACGCACUUUCAAAUAUUUAAUAAUUCAACAAUUGUUUUGUUAUUCAAUUGCCAAAUCAAUUUGCUGUAAUGGCACUCCAAGGUCUAAUUAAUUUACAAAUUGAUUCAAAAGCGAUACAUUCUUUUACAACAAAUAGACACUAGACACGCAUGUGUGUAUGUGUAUGUGUGUGUGUGCAAACGAAAUCGAAAAUAAUAAUAUUAAUAAAAUCACUUUUAAGCAGCUGAGCACAUGGCUGGGCCACAAUUCGACUGCCAAGUAAUAUACAAUACAUAUGUACAUAAUAUACAUAUAUAUAUAUACACUAUAUACUUAUGAUGAAGACGAUGUUUGCAUUUGUUUUUAAUUAUUAAGUACGACUAAACUAAAAACUAAACUGCUGGCUCACGUUGGCUUCCAGACUUGUUACAUAGUUUGUACAUAUGUAAGUUCUAGCCCUAAGCAAACACACAUACAUACAAAACAAAACAAAACAAAAGAAAACAAGACGAGAUUGACUCUGAGGUUAUUGCACUGCGCAAGUCCCCAAUGUCCAACUCCCAUCGUUGAUCAUGCAGUAGUGUAAACAAAUACGUUGUGGCGUCGGCUCGCACAUAAGAUAACACUAUAGAUAUAUAUACACAUAUAUACAAAACAUACAUACAAGCAUACUCAAGCAAGUUUAGCACGUUUUGCGUGCCAAGUUUAUAACGUAAAUUCAUUUAUAACAAAAUCUACACAUAAUACAUAAUUCUAAACGUGCGUAAAAAUUAACAGACUAUAUACACUAUAUAUAUAU